UCUUACAACGAGCUCGCGCGGCCGCGUUCGGGGUGUUUUCGUUUUGCCCAUAGAAAUGGCGCAGGUUGGGCUCGCGGUCCGCCGAGCCGUGUUGUCGGCAGUCGGGGGGCUGGCCGGGCCGUGGCGGCCACCCUGCUCCACCCCGGGGCUCCGGCCUCGCAGGCACGCGGCACAUUUCACUUUCCAGCCAGACCCCGAGCCCAUCCAGUACGGCCAGACACAAAAAAUGAAUCUUUUCCAGUCCAUAACAAGUGCCUUGGAUAAUGUCUUGUCCAAAGAUCCAACUGCAGUAAUAUUUGGCGAAGAUGUAUCUUUUGGUGGAGUCUUCAGGUGCACUGUUGGCUUGAGAGACAAAUAUGGUAAAGACAGAGUUUUCAAUACACCCUUAUGUGAACAAGGAAUUGUAGGAUUUGGCAUUGGAGUUGCAGCUGCCGGGGCUACAGCUAUUGCAGAAAUUCAGUUUGCUGAUUACAUUUUCCCUGCCUUUGAUCAGAUUGUUAAUGAGGCAGCAAAGUAUCGUUAUCGCUCUGGUGAUCUCUUCAACUGUGGAAGUCUCACAAUAAGGGCACCUUGGGGUUGUGUGGGUCAUGGUGCAUUAUAUCACUCUCAAAGCCCAGAAGCCUUUUUUGCUCAUUGUCCGGGUCUAAAGGUGGUUAUUCCAAGAAGUCCUAUUGAAGCCAAAGGACUGUUACUAUCGUGCAUAGAAGAUAAAAACCCUUGUAUAUUCUUUGAACCUAAAAUAUUGUACAGAGCGGCAGUGGAACAAGUCCCUGUGGAGCCAUAUUACCUUCCACUUUCUGAAGCAGAAGUGCUGCAAGAUGGAAGUGAUGUUACUCUGGUGGCUUGGGGCACUCAGGUUCAUGUUAUCAAGGAGGUAGCAGUUAUGGCUCAAGAAAAACUUGGUGUAUCCUGUGAAGUAAUUGAUCUGAAGACCAUUCUACCUUGGGAUGCAGAUACUGUAUGUAAGUCCGUGGCGAAGACUGGACGAUUACUAAUCAGCCAUGAAGCCCCUCUUACAGGAGGUUUUGCAUCUGAGAUUAGCUCCACGGUUCAGGAGGAGUGUUUCUUGAAUCUAGAGGCUCCCAUUUCAAGGGUCUGUGGUUAUGAUACUCCAUUCCCUCACAUUUUUGAACCAUUCUAUAUUCCAGACAAAUGGAAAUGCUAUGAUGCUCUUCGGAGAAUGAUUAAUUAUUGAUUUAACAGGUAGGAAGGAAAAGAAGGAAACACAGAAGCUAUCUACUGACCUGUUUGUUUUAAAACUCAGUUUUCUGUGUGAGGAAAAAGGACUAUGUUAUCAUGGAUAUUCAUGUUGCCUUUCAUCAAAAAAAUUCAGUUUUUGCCAGCUGUGAAUUUAAGAAUGGACAAGUAAUUGAUGGAAACUGUUAAGAUCUUAAACAUUUUGCGCAUAGAUUGUAUUCAGUAAAGAUGUUAUAAUCUA